CUCAGCUCUGCAAAGAGCUCCUCCCCCUCCAGGAAAAGCACUCCUCCCCAGGUAGGCCGGUCAGUCUGCUCAGCGCACCUGCAUGCACACACACCACCUCACAACCACACACUGCAUGCACACACACACACCACAGCCACACGCUGUGCAUACACGCACACCUCACAACCCACGUACUGCAUGCACACACACACCCACAAGCUGCAUGCUGCAUACACAAGUCAUACAGGAGAUAAACUCAGAGUAUCAGCCCCAAACAGACCCCAUCUCUUUCUCAGUUGCUGUCAUCCUAGACCUGUUUCUUUCACCACAUUUCUAUAAUCUGCCAGUGCCUGCAAGGAGAAGCAUGGGGGGUUUUCUAUCUAAGGCAGAAGGGCCUAGGAGCCAACUCCAGAAACUUCUGCCCUCCUUUCUUGUCAGAGAACAAGACUGGGACCAGCACCUGGACAAGCUUCAUAUGCUGCAGCAGAAGAGGAUUCUAGAGUCUCCACUGCUUCGAGCAGCCAAGGAAAAUGACCUGUCUGUUCUUAGGCAACUUCUACUGGACCGCACCUGUGACGUUCGACAAAGAGGAGCCCUGGGGGAGACGGCGCUGCACAUAGCAGCCCUCUAUGACAACUUGGAGGCAGCCUGGGUGCUGAUGGAGGCUGCCCCAGAGUUGGUCUUCGAGCCCACCACAUGUGAGGCUUUUGCAGGUCAGACUGCACUGCACAUCGCUGUUGUGAACCAGAACGUGAACCUGGUGCGAGCCCUGCUUUCCCACAGGGCCAGUGUCUCUGCCAGAGUCACAGGCACUGCCUUCUGCCAUAGUCCCCGCAACCUCAUCUAUUUUGGGGAGCACCCUUUGUCCUUUGCUGCCUGUGUGAACAGCGAGGAGAUUGUGCGGCUCCUCAUUGAGCAUGGAGCCGACAUCCGGGCCCAGGACUCCCUGGGAAACACAGUGUUACACAUCCUCAUCCUCCAGCCCAACAAAACCUUUGCCUGCCAGAUGUACAACCUGCUGCUGUCCUACGAUGGACAUGGGGACCACAUGCAGCCCCUGGACCUCGUGCCCAAUCACCAGGGUCUCACCCCCUUCAAGCUGGCUGCAGUGGAGGGUAACACUGUGAUGUUCCAGCACCUGAUGCAGAAGCGGAGGCACAUCCAGUGGACAUAUGGACCCCUGACCUCCAUUCUCUACGACCUCACAGAGAUCGACUCCUGGGGAGAGGAACUGUCCUUCCUAGAGCUUGUGGUCUCCUCUGAUAAACGAGAGGCUCGCCAAAUUCUGGAACAGACCCCAGUGAAGGAGCUGGUGAGCUUCAAGUGGAACAAAUAUGGCCGGCCGUACUUCUGCAUCCUGGCUGCCUUGUAUCUGCUGUACAUGAUCUGCUUUACCACAUGCUGCGUCUACCGCCCCCUUAAGUUUCGUGGUGGCAACCACACUGAUUCUCGAGACAUCACCAUCCUCCAGCAAAAACUACUACAGGAGGCCUAUGAGACACAUGAAGAUAUCGUCAGGCUGGUGGGGGAGCUGGUGAGCGUCAUUGGGGCUGUGAUCAUCCUGCUGCUAGAGAUCCCAGACAUCUUCAGGGUCGGUGCCUCUCGCUAUUUUGGACAGACAAUUCUUGGGGGGCCAUUCCAUGUCAUCAUCAUCACCUAUGCCUCCCUGGUGCUGGUGACCAUGGCGAUGCGGCUCACCAACACCAAUGGGGAGGUGGUGCCCAUGUCCUUUGCCCUGGUGCUGGGCUGGUGCAGUGUCAUGUAUUUUGCUCGAGGAUUCCAGAUGCUGGGUCCUUUCACCAUCAUGAUCCAGAAGAUGAUUUUUGGAGACCUAAUGCGUUUCUGCUGGCUGAUGGCUGUGGUUAUCUUGGGAUUUGCCUCUGCGUUCUAUAUCAUUUUCCAGACAGAGGACCCAACCAGUUUGGGGCAGUUCUACGACUACCCCAUAGCACUGUUCAGCACCUUCGAGCUUUUUCUCACUGUUAUUGAUGCACCUGCCAACUAUGCUGUGGACUUGCCCUUCAUGUUCAGCGUUGUCAACUUCGCCUUCGCCAUCAUUGCCACACUGCUCAUGCUCAACUUGUUCAUCGCCAUGAUGGGUGACACCCACUGGAGGGUGGCCCAGGAGCGGGAUGAGCUCUGGAGGGCCCAGGUCGUGGCCACCACAGUGAUGCUGGAACGGAAGCUGCCUCGCUGCCUGUGGCCUCGCUCCGGGAUCUGUGGGUGCGAGUACGGGCUGGGGGAUCGCUGGUUCCUGCGGGUUGAGAACCACAAUGAUCAGAAUCCUCUGCGAGUGCUUCGCUAUUUGGAAGUGUUCAAGAACUCAGACAAGGAGGAUGACCAGGAGCAUCCAUCUGAGAAACAGCCCUCUGGGGCUGGGAGUGGGACUCUAGCCAGAGCCUCCCUGGCUCUUCCAAAUUCCUCCCUAUCCCGGACCACAUCCCAGAGCAGCAGUCACCGAGGCUGGGAGAUCCUUCGUCAAAACACCCUGGGGCACUUGGAUCUUGGACUGAACCUUAAUGAGGGGGAUGGGGAGGAGGUCUACCAUUUCUGAUUAGCAUCGCUGUCACUCUUGACCUUACUCCAGAUUGGCCUGGGGACGGCGACAGAGAUGGAGACCUCUGCCUAUGCAAGUGUCUAACUUCUGUGCCUGUUAAUCAUGGGAGGGUGGGACAGAACAAUCCCGAAAGGGCCAUACCUCACAUUUCACAUCAGAAUUUUGGCAAUGGGUAAUGGUCAUCUAUUGUCUCACGUAUUUUCUGGGUUCUUGGAAGUCCCACAUCUCAGGAAAAAGGAGGUUGGCAAUUAAAGAUAUGAGGUAGGGAUGCUAGAUUAAUGUCAGGACCAUUUCUCUUCUGCCCCACGCAGACCCUAGAAAGUAGUAAGCUGUGAGGCUUUUCUGGCUCCCCAGGGCUUAUGUGGGAAGAGCCAGGCAUGGCAUAGAAGUUGUUGCCCUUCUUG